UCGCUCUGUCAGUUGUGGAUGAGAAUCGCAAUGUGCUUGUUGUACAGUUAUUUUCGGAGCAGCUGUUGACGCAGCAGAGUGUCAAAAGUUGUUUUUACGUUGUUUAGGCAAAGGUGAAGGUUAAUAGACUGCUCAGAUAAGUGAGGAAAAAUUGGAAUUUGGUUCGGUUAUCGGCUGCAUUCGCGGCUCCCGCAUUGUUCAAUUGCUCGCGCAGGAAAUGCACCACAUAGCGGAAGUGGAAGUUACAAUCGGUAGAGGAUUAGAGAAGUGAAUUCUGCUACUGAAGUAAAACUUGGUGAAAAUGAUGUCAUCGGCCAUUACUACUGUACUCGGUGUUCUUUUCUUGUUCUAUGUAAAAUGACGAAUCAAUGCAGUAAAACGACACUGUUGGGACGAGAAUGAUGUGGCUCUGCCAUGUGAAACCGUGUGCGAAUAGUGAUAAUUUGUUAUAUUUACCAGCGGACAGGGCAAUAAAAAAUUGAAUAUUGUUAUUGUUAUAAAAAGGAGGAGUGAAUCUGUUUUCUGUUGCAUGGAAAGGAGACACAUAUGGGAAACGUAGCGUGUAGUGUGCAGAUAAAGUAGUACCGCAGCUGUGCUCGACUCGAAGAAUAAGUAAAAAUAGAAGUGUAGCACAUACUUACAAAUUGAAUCAUAACAUAUUGACCCCAAGUUCAUAUCACUGGUGAUUCGGGAAUUUGUUUAGCCAGCGUGACAAGCCUUGCAAAGACUACGUGUCCACGAUGGUAUUCGAGAGUAUUGUCGCCGAUGUGCUGAAUCGAUUCGUCGGCGAAUAUGUGGAAAAUUUGGAUAAGAAACAGCUGAAGAUCGGAAUAUGGGGAGGUGAUGUCGUGCUGAACAACUUGAUUCUAAAGCAAAGUGCUCUGAAGGAACUUGAUCUACCCGUUAGCACACUCUAUGGCCAUCUCGGGAAGCUGGUGCUAAAGAUCCCAUGGAAGAACCUAUACAGUGCACCGGUGGAAGCAAUUGUGGACAAACUCUACAUCCUAGCCGUUCCCAACACCGACGUCCGUUACAAUGCGGAAAAAGAAGACAAAAACUCGUUCGAGGCAAAGAAAGCGGAGCUGCUUCGCAUCGAACAGGCCAAGAAAAACGAAGAGGAAAGAGACAAACCCGUGGCGGAUAAAACGUUCGCCGAAAAAUUGACUGCACAAAUAGUUAACAAUGUGCAGAUCAAAAUUUCGGAUAUCCACAUCCGGUACGAGGAUACCACCACCACGGGAUUCCCAUUCGCUUUCGGUGUAACGUUGAGUAAUCUGAGCGUCCACACCACUGACAAGAAUUGGAUGCAAACUCUUGUGUCCGAAUCCGUUACCAAGAUCUACAAAAUGGCUCAGCUGGAGAUGCUUUCGGUUUACAUGAAUUGUAACACCCAGCUGUUCCAGGAUCAAGACCCGUCUAUGUACAAGUCGUUGUUCCAGGAAACGAUCGCUAGCAAGUGUCACCAACCGGCAGGGUAUCACUACAUAUUUGGGCCCAUCAGCUCUGGGGCCCGCUUGGAAAUGGUUCCGAAUCCGGAAUCCGAUGAUGUCCCUUUCUCAUCACCAAAGAUCAAACUGAACCUGUGUAUGGAAACGCUUGCGAUCGGUAUAACCAGGGUUCAAUUCCAGAACACUAUGCAGUUAGUGGAGGCGUUUGGGCGUAUGAUGCGCGCAAUGCCGUACCGGAAGUUCCGUCCGUACGGUAUUGGGUACAAGAACAACUAUAAGGAGUGGUGGCUCUUUGCAUUUAACUGUAUCGUGGAAGUAGAAGUUCGAAGACGUCGCCGUAACUGGUCCUGGGACAACAUGAAGCGACAUCGGGAGAAUAUGAAUUGCUACGAGGAAGCAUACAAGACUCAGUUGACGGCUAAAAAGCUGACUCCUGAAAUUACCACUCGAUGUGACGAUCUGGAAAGGGUGCUGGAUCUGCACAAUAUUGUUAUCAUCAGGAAGAAGGUUGAACUGGAAGUGAAAAAGGAAGGCAAGAAACAAGAAGCUGAACAGAAAAGUGGUUGGUUUAGUUCAUGGUGGGGUGGAGGUGCCAAGAAGACGGAUGAUGCGAAUAACACAACGGAUAUCAAAAAACAAUUCGAGGCGGCUAUGACUUCGGAGGAGAAGGCUAAGCUAUUCAAAGCCAUAGGCUACCAGGAAAGCGACUCUCCGACGGAGCUUCCCGAGUAUUAUGUUGCGCAAAUUUUGCAAUUCGAAUUGAACUCCUUGGAAGUGUCGAUCAAAUCGGAAGUUUCUGUUGGAUCACAGGAGAAGUUGAGCAGUCCGCAUGGAUUGCUAGAACGAGUCAUGCUGCUAGAACUGAAGAAUGUCAGUUGUGGUGUUCAGCAGAGGCCUUCGGCUGGGGCGUUGAAAGCUUCGCUUCAAAUGGAAGAACUUACUAUUUCUGGUUUGAGACAAGGCGAAGUUCUUCCCAUCAUGGUUCGAUCACAGCUGGAGGAAUCCGACACACUGUUGGAUGUGUUGUUUGAAACCAGCCCGGAAGAUAAACGGUGUGAUCAAAGAGUCGUGGUGACAUCACGUCCACUGCAAAUAAUCUACGAUGCUGAAACAAUCAUUCAGCUAACGAAAGUUUUCACGACUCCACGGACGGCAACCAUUUCACAGCUUACAGACGCUGCGGCGGAAAAGCUUGUCAAUAUUAAGGAACGAUCUGCAACCGGUUUGCAGUACGCCAUCGCCAACCAUCCCCGGUUAGAAUUGAAUGUGGACAUCAGUCCCAGUUACAUCAUCGUGCCGCAUGGAGGUUUGUUCUGCAGCAAAGAAUCGGUACUGGUCGUAAGUUUGGGUAAGUUGAUGGUCCAGACCGAGCCUCGUCCAAUCAAUCAAAAGGACGUCCAUACGAUGCACGAGGAGGGUGCGAGUCAGGAAGAAAUUCUCCAAGAAAUUAUCCGCCAAAGCUACGACAAGUUCGUUCUGGAAAUCAGCGACGUGCAAGCAAUUGUCGCCACCCUGGAUGAAGAUUGGCAGGGAACUCUCCGUUGCAGUGCAGUGACCGAGAUGCAUCUUUUGGAACCUACAUCGUUCCGGAUUUCUGCACAUCUGUCUGUACUUGAUGAUGAUCCCAGGCUACCGAAAUGCAAAAUUUUCGGUGAGCUUCCGUCCGUUAACAUCUGUGUUACCGAGCAGCGAGUGCUGGAGGCGCUUUCCAUUGUCACCAGUCUUCCUCUGCCAGAAAGCGAUGAAGUGCAACCUGCUCCCAUCGCCAAGGACAGUAACGUGUUCAGCUCGAGCUUGUCACUUUUGAAAUAUCUGGACGAGAAACAGCAGAAAUUGACCAAAAUUCAGCGCCCAGUUGAUUUGAACACUUCAGAUGUAGUAGAUGGGGAGGUUGUGCAGUUCAUUGACCUGGAAGUGCGGUUUGUCCUGAACGAAUGUUCAUUGACCAUUUUCAAGAUUAGCGGAACAGGAAGUAGUUCUUCGGAGGUUUUUACUACACCUACGGAGGAGUUUUCGCAAUCACCUCUGGAGCAAAAUCUGAUGCAGCGGAAAAGUGUGGCGUUCAAUGUUCCAUUCUCCAAUGCUAACUCCCAGAAAAUUGUGGCGUUUAAGGUUAAACAGCUGGAGAUGAACAUGGUGCAGAGAACUUACGAUCUGAAGGUGGCCUUGAAGCUUGGUGCCGUUACGCUGGAUCAGUUCCGCGUUAAAAACGAACAGGAAAAAGUACUCAACGUGAUUCAAACUCCGAAGUACGAAGAUAAUGAUGACUAUUUGUUCACGUUGAACUACACGAAUUGCAAGAAAACCAGUCCGGAGUUUUCCACGAAGUACGAAUCAGUGGAACAGGAAGUCGGCAUAAACUUUUCCACUUUGGUUCUGUUGCUUCACGAGGAAGCAUUGAACGAAAUCAUAAGGCUUGCAAAUGAUUUCCAAAUGCGCAUGGAAGCGGUGAUGAACAGCAAGAAGGAACAGGAUCAGCAAAAGUUUCCCCAGCGUGAUCGAAUUGCGACUAUUUACGAAGAGGAAAGUACCGCAGCGGUAUUAUUGCACGCGGCCAAAGAGAAACUGCCUACCAUCAUGGAGGAUGAAACGGCAACUGCUGAGCAGCCCACUAAAGCAGCUAAUCGUAAACGACUAUCAAUUGUAGACAGCAUUAAGAUCAGAGUGGUGGCCAAACUGGAGGAUGUCACAGUGGAGUUGCAGAACGAUAAGCGAUCAAUCGCUGUUCUGGAGGUUCAAAAUCUAACCAGUAGUGCAAUAAUCAAGUCAUCUUAUACUGAGGUAAAACUCCGUUUGGAGGAUAUUGUCCUUACAGAUACGAACCCUGAAACAAUUCACUCAAAGAUCCUCUCGAUCAUCGGAGACAAUGCGCUGCAGGUGCAGGUAGUUUUGUUCGAUCUGGAAGCCACAUCGGACUACAAUUCUGAUGACAUGCGCGUCGAAGUGACAAUGGGUUGCGCCCGGAUAGUCUUCCUCAAUUGGUUCGUUACCUCGGUGCUGGCCUUCUUGGACAACUUUCAGGCGGCACAACAGCGUAUCAAAGAGGCCAGUGCUGCAGCAGCGGAAGCAGCGCGGAAUAACGUCGUUGAAGCGUACAGCAAAGCCACGCGGAUGAAGCUGGACAUCAAGGUAAAGGCUCCGAUCAUAGUGAUUCCGGUGGAUUCAAAAAGUUUGAAAGCGGUUGCGAUGGAUUUCGGUCAUCUGAGUAUCACGAAUAAUUUUCGAGAUAUUGCCACGGAGAACGCCCAUGGACCGGCGGUGAUCGAUGAGAUGAAAAUUGAGCUGAAGGAUGUAAAACUGUCAAAGGUAGAAGUUUGUCCGUCAGAGGAAAGGCACUUGUCACGGUACGGAUCCGAAGAUAUGAACUACGGUAUUGUACCGGAUCAGAGCGCGGUUUUAAGUCCCACUAGCUUUGCGCUCAUUAUGAAAAGAAAUCUCUCAUCGGGAUGGUUCAGAGAUCGCCCAGACAUGGAGAUUUCAGGACGAUUAAAAGCGGUUGAGCUCAAUUUCAUUGCGACGGAUUAUAGUGUGAUAAUGCUGAUACUCUCCAAAAACAUGACUGAAGGACAAGAUGAGUUCAAAAAGCCUGUGAUCAAAACGGAAAAGUCACCCACCAGCCCUCGGGUCAUUAACUAUACUACUUCCACCGCUGGCAUAUCCGCUCCUGAUGCUAAAACCAACUGGUCCGCCGUAGCCAAACGUGCUACCGCCAAACCUUUUGGAGUGGACGUGGUUCAGCUCAAGGCCAAGCAGGAAGCCGUCGCUCGGGAAAAGGAAGUGGCCAAGCAAAAAGUGGAUACGUUCCUCAAAUUUAGCUUCCAAAUUGAUAGCAUCACUAUCAAACUGUUCACAGCUCCCGACCAAGGUUUGGCGGGAUUCGAGAUCUACUACCUGUCCCUGCAGGGUAAAAAGCUAACCGAUGGAUCGCUGAACACGGCCAUUAUCCUCUGCGAUAUCCGGUUGGAUGACAUUCGUCCCAAUCGGGAAAAUAUGCUGACCCGCAUGAUGGAACGUCGGUCCAACGAUCCCAAGAUAAGUAUCGCCAGCGGGAGUGAUGACGAGGAAACAGCUGCGCUGAUGGCACCACUACAUUCGAUGAUCGACAUUACCUUCAACAUGAAGGAGAACGAUAUGUUUGCGGAUGUGAAAGUUUCUAGUUUUAAUUUAAUAUUAUCGGUCGAUUUUUUGCUUAAAUUGCAACAGUUUUUGCAACCAGAGGAACUCGUUGAGCAGAAGGCUUUACAGGCAGCCGAAGAGCAAGCUAGGCGGGAACGGAAGUCUAGCACUUCAGUUGCUCCUUCGGAAAAAUCAGAGGUCGGACAGAUGACGUUCAUUAUCAAAAUUGAACAGCCGGACAUUAUUCUGGUGGAGCAGAUGGACGACAUCAACUGUCACGCCUUGAUCCUAAAUAACGAGAUUUCGCUCAACGUACGCCUGAUCGGCGAACGUCAGGUCAUCAAAGGUGAGCUGAAAGACUUCUGUCUGUAUUAUGCCGAGUUCAAUCCGGAGCGCCGCAAUGACACCAAACAUUUCGUCAUCCACCCUUGUUCGAUUAGCCUGAAUGGUUCGACACCGGAAGACAAGGGUCUGCAUCUCAGUUUGAAUUCGACCAACAUCAAAAUCUGCGUCUCGCCGGCUGUCAUCGAACUGAUGAACAAUGCUUUGCAGACCCUGACCGCAAACGAGCAGGCCAAGCUUGAUGACACUCAAUUGCCGGAAGAUCACAGCACACUAUGGGACAUCCAAGGUUAUGAUCCGGAUGACUUCUGGUUCAUCCGCCCGGAGCUGGCCGAGGAUGCAUUAAGUUUGGAGUCAUUACGAACCAUCGAUAUUAAGGAGGAGAGGUGUAUGGUCGAGGUGCCUUCCAUAUCGUUAAUCAUCGAAACUGGCUUGGGUAUGAACACAAUUCCAAUGCUUUUCAUCGAAACCAGCAUGCAAGCAGAGGUUGCAAACUGGAGUUCGGAUAUGAAGAUUAGCAGCUCCCUACGGUUGAGCAUGUCGUACUUCAAUCAGGCGUUAGCACUAUGGGAAUAUGUAAUAGAACCCAACGAGAUAGAGCAGCCCAACGGAUCCAUUGAAAACCUUCCUUGGGAGCUGACGUUUGAGCUUGAGGUAGAUCACCACGAGGACCGCUCUAGGGAUCCCACCACAAAAAUCAAUGUUGCUUCUCGAGAUAGCUUGGAAAUGACCGUCAGUAAGACUUGCUUGGAUGUGUUCCAAAAUUUGGGAAAAGCCUUCUCGGAAGCUAUAAAGCGAGAGGGAAUAGCAAAGGCAGAGAUCGUUGCUCCAUACACGGUUCAAAAUGACACCGGCCAAGACAUCAAAAUUAAUUUCCUCGGAGGUGACUUCUUGAUACAUCCAUCUCAUCUGCAGCCGAACCGGGAGGAGGAAUUCAUUGCAGUAGAGCAGACCGGCGAACAGGAAGUCAGCAGUUGCAUAGUGAUGUCGAAUGGUCGACUUCAUUUAGAACCUCGUGAAAAGGACAGUGAUUUGUCCAUGCUAACUGUAAUGCAGGACAACGAAAAUAGCACUAAGAAGAAGUUCCUCAAAGUAAUUGUCGGGGACACAGAAAAGGAGCUGACGCUUCCGGUGUACAAAUCGGACAAACGUUAUUUUCCCAUCUUCCGCAAAACAGAUCAGGACCCGUGGGCCAUCAUAUCUGAGGUGAAGAUCGAGCAUGGAGCAACGGUGGUGGUGCUGCGGGGAAUCGUUCAAAUCUAUAACCACUUCACUGCCGCUAUUUACAUUCAACAAUACAUCAAUCAUGAGAAAUACGUGGUCGGAGAAGUUCGCCCUGGAGGAUACUUCAACGUUCCACUUUACUUCUUGUACAACAAUAUGGAUCUUCAUUUUUCGAUGAAGGGUUAUCAUUCAUCGGCCCAAGGAAUCAGUUGGAAGGAAUCGCCCAAUAAUUUGAACCUAAUUAAGUCUUUGCAGUGCGAUCCAAUCAAAACAUUUGAACCGUUCUAUAUCAAUGCCAUUCGCGAGCGGCACGACGUGUUCCACGAGGUAACCUCGAAGUACACCAUGCUGAGUGCAUGUUUCGAGAUUCACCUGCGACCACCGCUGAUGUUGCGGAACGCACUACCGAUUGGAUUGACCAUUUCCGUGGCGGGUUGUUCAGUUCGGCGGGAGCUGGAUGCUAAUAUCGUCACCAGUACGGAAAGUCUGUCCACCACUUCUACGAUUGUCGGUGAAGACUAUUUGGAUUAUGGGGAGAAGUUGCUCCGACCGGGUGAAUUGCUACACCUUCCGACGGUGAAAACGGCAGCUCGAUCGGGAACGGAGACGUCCUACAUUGUGGCUAGGCUCGUAAAUUACCUGGAAAAGGAUUGGUCCUGCACAACGGAGAUUCCAGCACAACCGCCGGAGUUCGGUGUGUGGACAUUCAAUGCUUACGAUUCAGUGGAAGUAAUGUCUCUUCAGCUUGGUGUUAAGUACGAAAAUCGAACCGACGGACUGACGCUGAUCGUUUAUUGUCCUUUCUGGAUGCUCAACAAGACGGGUUUAAUGCUCAGCUAUCGCAUUCGAAGAACAAGACUUUGUGAAGUACUAUCCAAGAUCAGCUGUGGAUCCCGAGUGAGAAAACCCAAUGAUGAGAACACCAACAUCCUCUAUCAUCCCCCGGAGUACGAAGGCCCGAUUCUGUUUUCAUUCCGAGAAAAGGCAUUUUUUGGCAAAAAGAAAGCGGCCAUUCGGGUGGAUACUGGGGAAUGGAGCGAGAAAUUUUCGUUGGACGUUGCCGGAUCCAGUGGUGUGAUCGAUUGUCAAGCGAAUCAUAUGACUUACCAGAUCGGAGUCCACAACACGUUGACGAAUAACUCGUUGACAAAACAAAUUGUGUUCAUGCCGUACUAUGUGCUGAUCAAUCAGGCAGAUUUUGACGUCGAAGUGCAGGAGCAUUUGCGUCCAGGUGAUCCGUGGACCCGGGUCAAAGUGAAUGAUUGUAUUCCGCUAUGGCCUAAAACGGAGGAGAACCGAAUGCUGCGCGUCAAGGCAGCGGAUCAGUCGCAAAUUACGGCUCCUUUCAAGUACACCGAAGUGCAAUGCACUUUGCUACAGCUGAAGAAUCGCCACGGCGGAAUUAACGUAGAUGUGCACGUGACGGAGGGAGCGAUCUACAUAACGUUUACCGGAUAUCACGCGGGUGAUGCACCGGCAUUGUUGAUCAAUCAUACGAAUGAGGAGUUUGCUUUCAAGGAAAAGGGUGAUGUGAAUGGUAAGAUUCUGAUGCCGAACCAGAUGGUGCUGCAUACCUGGAUCAAUCCGGCAGGUGAUCGAAAGAUCGUGUGGGACAGUGGGUCUAAGCUGGUUACGAUUGAGAACGAUCUGCGACGCGAUGAUAUUAGUGAGUUCAAGUCUCCAACGGAUAAGGACAUCUACUGGGUGUCGUUCUUGAAUGGCACCCAACGAGUUCUGUUGGUCACCGAUAAUGCUAAUAUUGCCUACGGGGUACACAGUGCCAGCCGGUUGGAUCAGGUUACGCAGGAAAUAAAAAUGGAGAUCCACGGCGUUGGUCUUUCGCUGGUCAAUAACGUGACGCUGAGUGAUUUGAUGUAUAUUGGAAUUGCAAGCUCCGGUGUGAUUUGGGAAGAAUGCAAGCGUUCCGGUCGCUAUAAACAGAUGAAGAUCCAGGAAACCUACAACGUCGAGAAUCUUUACCAACAGUAUCUUCGAGACGUGGAAGUUGGAACUGCUUCCAACAAAAAAUAUUACCUAGAAGGGGAAAAACGAGCCGAAAUAGACUUUUUCAAUCGCAUCAUCAAAAAGUCAACGGACCGGUCUAUCAAGCGUACGUUCUAUCCGGGCCUAUGGUUCGAAAUCAAAUCGUCGUCCCACCAGAUGCAAUUCCACGCGAAGAUAAAUCGCAUCCAAAUCGACAAUCAACUGGCGGAUUGCAUUUUCCCUGUGGUGCUUGCGCCGAUACCGCCACCGAAGAGUGUGGCCGCGACGACCGAGUUCAAACCGUUCAUCGAGAUGAGCAUGGUGCAGCGAAUCAUUCCGCACUCGAACGUUAAGCAGUUCAAAUACCUGAGGGUUCUGAUGCAGGAAUUCCACGUGAAAGUAGAUUUACCAUUCGUGAAUGCGAUCUUUGAGAUGAUCAGCACAGAAAUCACGGAAGCUGAGGCGAAACGUCUAUUUGCGGAAGAUCUGAAAGUACAAACUCAACCACUACAUGCGCACGUAGCCAUCCAGUCGCAGGCGGAAGUAAAGAACUUCUACGACAAUCUCCAUUUGGGUCCGCUGAAGAUCCACGUGAGUUUCUCGAUGGCCGGUUCGGAAUCGAAAGCCUUACCAGGAAUUCUGUCGACCAUUCUACAAGGCGUUGGCGUGACGCUCACCGAUGUUAACGACGUGGUGUUCCGAUUGGCAUUUUUCGAGCGGGAAUUCCAAUUCCUGACGCAACGUCAGCUGGUGUCUGAAUGCGUGACGCACUACAGCGGUCAAGCGGUUAAGCAGCUGUAUGUGCUGGUGUUGGGUUUGGAUGUUAUCGGAAACCCGUACGGGUUGGUAGUUGGGUUCACGAAGGGCGUCGAGGAUCUGUUCUACGAACCAUUCCAGGGGGCCAUUCAAGGUCCGGGAGAGUUCGCCGAGGGUCUGGUACUUGGUGUACGGUCACUGUUCGGUCACACUGUUGGCGGGGCAGCUGGUGCUGUGUCCAAGAUAACGGGUGCCAUGGGUAAAGGAUUGGCCGCCUUGACAUUCGAUGAGGAUUAUCAGAAGAAGAGGCGGGAUGCGUUGAACAAAAAACCAGCUACCUUACAGGAAGGUAUUGCUCGCAGUGGAAAGGGACUGGUCAUGGGGGUAUUCGAUGGAGUGACGGGAGUCUUCACCAAACCGAUCAGUGGUGCCAAGGAAGAAGGUGUGGAAGGGUUCUUCAAAGGACUAGGGAAAGGAGCUGUGGGUUUGGUGGCCCGUCCAAUUGCCGGUGUGACAGAUUUCGCGAGUGGCAGUUUCGAUGCAGUCAAAAGAGCCACCGAGCUUUCAGAUGAAGCCGGUCGGUUGAGACCGCCAAGAUUUUUGCAUAAAGAUGGCAUUGUUAGACCGUACAAUAAAAAGGAGGCCGAAGGAAACAAGUUGUUGAAGGAUAUUGACAAGGGAAAAUUCACAGCAACCGAUACGUUUGCAUACUACGAAACUGUGAUUGAAAACAGAGAUGUUGUACUUCUUACCGAUUGCCGCAUAAUUUAUGCCACGAAGAGCGAUUUGUUUGGAGGAUGGCAGUGUGAAUGGACCCAUCGAUGGACCGAGAUAUUGAGCAUCUCUAUAUUGAACGACGGUAUCGAGAUGAUUCUGCGUAGUAAGGACGGAAAGUCGGCACUGAAGAAAAUGUUUGGUUCAUCCGGCCACCAGAAGAAGAUCCUUCUGAUAAGCGUGGCGUACCGUCGCAACCGGCUGGCCGAAGUGAUGGAACGACUCCGGCAGCGAGCAGAAUGAUAGUAGACGCAACAAGUUCACGCAUGUCAGUCUAGUCACGUCGUUUUACCAUGCGUCGAAUGAAAUGUUAACACUGCUUGUGAAAUAUCAUACAAGUUUGCGUACAUGUCGACCACCCAAUCCACUAGCACGCUUCAUAGCUUUGAGCCGCAAUUAUUUAUAUUGCGCUGAUAAAUUUAAUAUGUGGGGAGACAUUUUAACGCAGAAUAGCUGCCUUCGAAUGAAAUGAAGUGAUGUUAAUUCCAAUUGUAAUAGACAGAACCCUAUAAACGACCUGCAGACAGAUGUAUUCAAUAUUAUCGCCCAUAAAAUAGUCAUAAUAAUUCGAUUUUUUCAAUUGAAUCUGAUAAACUUCGUUUGUGGAACGUGGAAAACUUUCAUCGAUAUUUAAUAUGCUUCAAGUAGAUAUUUUAUUAUGUCCGUCAUACGAUUUGUUGCCAAUCCAUGCUAUCGUUUUGUAUCCGUCAUCGGAGUGAGUGGAAUAGAAAUGAAAAAAAUAAUAAAAAGAGACCAAAUAGUUGAUAGACACAUCCCGUUAAUUACCAGUAGUUUAAUGGCAAAGGAAUCGCUUUCUUUCGAUCAGGGAAUAAUCCGUUACAACUAAAUAGAAUGUCGUUUGUAUACAAGUACAAAUAAUUUGUUAUUGGUGGAAUUGAUUUUCAAUUAUUUUUGAAUAUUUAUUUGUUUUAUAUAUACAAGAAAACUCACUUAUCCCUGUGAAUAUCAAAACAUCCGCAAUUUUUCCUUUUCUACAUGAAUUUAAUAAAUGUAUUGAAUCUAUAAAAAUAACUAAAAAAAAUAA